GAUGGGCUAGAUCGUUCACGGAUAAACUCCAGCAUUGGCUAGACCCAAAUGCGUGCACAGAGGUACUCCAGUUUAGUUUAUAUGAAGCCUAAACCCUCCCAGCUCGAGGGUUGUCAGCUUCGAUUCAAGCCCUCGUCUGUGGUGAACGAUCCUCCAUCUUUACUACACCGACUUAUCCUCGGUCAAUCCAAGGUUCAACAAGAGCCAUCAUGGCUGAUACUUCAGUAACGGCAGGCCACUUCAAGGUCUGCGGAAAAGAGUUCCCUCAUGUCUCAUGGUGGAAUUUGAAAAACUUGAGGAACACAUACCUCCUCCUAUUCUUCGUCGUUUUGACAUCCGCGACCAACGGCUACGAUGGUUCCAUGGUCAACGGUCUCCUCUCUUUGAAGCAGUUCAAGACCUAUAUGCACGACCCUUCCGGAUCUAUCAAAGGUCUCUUUUCUGGAAUCAUGUUCCUUGGUUCUCUGCUCGCUCUGCCGAUUACCCCUUACAUUGCUGAUGGCCUUGGCCGACGAUGGGGUAUCUGCAUUGGUUCGACCGUCAUGAUCUUCGCUGUGGUUCUUCAGAGUGCCUCUGUUAACUUCCAGAUGUUUAUUGCAGCCCGUUUCUUCCUAGGGUUCGGUGUUGCGAUUGCCCAUGGUUCGGCUCCUUUAUUGAUUACUGAGCUUUGCCACCCCCAGCAUCGUGCUAUCUUUACAACUAUAUAUAAUACGACAUGGUACAUUGGCUCCAUUGUUGCCGCGUGGCUCACCUUCGGUACCAACCAUAUUGACUCGCAGUGGUCCUGGCGAAUCCCUUCCAUCAUCCAGGCUUUCCCGUCUAUCCUUCAAAUUUCCUGCGUGUGGUUCGUACCCGAGUCCCCCCGUUGGUAUAUUUCCAAAGGUCAGCCUGAAAAGGCACUCCAAGUUCUCGCCCACGUCCAUGCCGAAGAUAAUGCUGAGGAUGAACUCGUGCAACUCGAGUACGAAGAAAUCAAGGAAACUCUAGCCAUUGAAAAAGAGGCUGAGAGCACUGGCUGGCUCGAGCUUUUCAAGACGAAAGGCAACCGCCACCGGCUCGCGAUCUUGCUCUCUGCAGGCCUCUUCUCGCAAUGGUCCGGUAACGGACUCGUCUCUUAUUACAUCACGGGAGUGCUUGACGGCAUUGGAAUUACAGAUCCCAACACUCAACUCGUCAUCAACGGCUGCUUGAACAUUUGGAAUUGUAUUGUCGCCACAACCAUGUGUUUCUUUGUUGAUAAGGUGGGCCGUCGUCCACUCUUCCUUAUCUCUACUGCGGGCAUGAUGAUCUGCUUCGUAAUUUGGACAAUCUGCUCGGAACGCUACAAUGCCACCAAGGUUCAUGCGAACGGCAGCGCUGUGGUCGCCAUGAUAUACCUCUACUACACCUGCUACAACACGGCCUGGUCUGGCCUUUUGGUCGGCUACACCGUGGAAAUUUUGCCUUUCGGUAUCCGCGCUAAAGGGAUGUGCUAUAUGUUCGCUAUGGUUGACGUUGCCCUCUUCUUCAACACAUAUGUCAACCCCAUUGCACUCGACCAUAUUGGUUGGAAAUAUUACAUAGUCUACUGCAUCUGGCUCUGCGCCGAACUGGUCUUCGUCUUUUUCUUCUACAUCGAAACACGUAACACUCCUCUUGAGGAAAUCGCUCGCCACUUCGAUGGUGAUGCUGCUUUGCUUGGUGGUGCUGCUGCGACGGAGAAGGGCCGCAUCCUCGAGCAAGAGAUUCAUAAGAGGGAGAAACAGAUUGCGACUACUGAGGUGCAUGAGGACAAAGUGGGUCUCUAAGCACUUAACUUACCUCCAAGGAUGCGACGGGAACUGAGUUGAGCGGGGAAGUGGAAGGGAGAUAUUUGAUGUUUUGUUGAAGCUUCUCUUGUUGCUAGCUGUGAAGGAGAGUGUUCGUAUCUAUUAAAUGAUGUUUCCCUAGAAGAAUCCGAAUGCAAAGAUGAUGUUCUGUUCAA